AAGAAUAACGCAUCGCCAUGCAGUACACCGAGGCGACCGACCGUCGCAGCCGUUGUGCCUGGGCGACACGCCACUGGGAGCCGUGCGUCAUCGCCUCGUCGGUGGUUCUGGGCGCCGUCCUGGGUUUGUCGCUACAGGGCCAGUCUCUAAAUCAACGGCAUCGCAUGUACAUCGCCUUUCCUGGAGAGGUGUAUGCAAGGAUGCUGGCCAUGCUGUUCGUGCCGCUCAAGGUGUCCUGCAUCGUGGGCUCCAUCGGGAGCACCUCGUACCGCACGGGCGGCAAGAUGCUGCGCUGCGCGCUCGCCUACUGGGUGCUGAGCGCCGCCAGCGCCGCCGCGGUCGCCUUCGGCACCACGCUGCUCCUGCGCGCCGUUCGCAACGAGACCGCCUCGUCGCUGCAGCUCAGCCCCGCGGCGCCGCUCAACGUGACAGCCCUCCGCACCACUGACCUUGCCAUGGACAUGAUUCGGGGCCUGUUUCCGGCGAACAUCGUGGACGUGUCCAUGAAAACUUGGCCGUCGAAAGAGGCCCCGCGCGUCAGCGAACUCUGGGCCGACGAGUCGCGCAAGCCGUGCUCGCAGCGGUACCAGGAACGCGACAGCGGCGCCGAUUACGAGAACCCGCUCCGGCGGGUGAGCGGCCUCGGCCUCCUGUCGUUCACCGUCGCCCUGGGCUUCGUGCUGGCGCACAACGCGGACGACCGGAACGUGUUGCUCAACUUCUUCAUCAACCUGAGCAACGGCAUCGCCUCCAUAAGCCGGUUGCUGUCCUGGUUCCUGCCCUUGGGCCUCAUGUCGCUCACGGCCGACGGCAUCCUGGAGGCCGCCGGGAAGCUGCGCUCGGCGCCCAGCGUGUCGCUCCUGCUCACCUACUCGCUGAACGUGGUGGUGGCCGUGCUGGUGCACACGUUCAUCGUGCUGCCCCUCAUCCAGUGGCUCCUGGUGCUGCGCUGGAACCGCGGCAUGGUCGGGUUCAUCGGACAGACGUACAUGCCGCUGGUGGUGACCGCGAACACGCGGUCGAUGGCAGCCAGUCUGCCCCUCGGUGUGUCCGUGCUGGAGAUGAAGUGCGGCCUGGACGCCCGCGUGGUGCGCACCGUGCUGCCCUUGGGCAUCGUGCUGGGCCGCUCGGGCAGCGUCGCUCAGCUCGCCGUGUCCGUGCUCUUCCUCACGCACAUACACAGGGUGAACCUCGAGGGCUGGGAACUGGUGGGCGCCGGUGCAAACGCCAUUGUGGCCAGCCUGACAGAUCAUGGAGCUUCGCCUGAAAUGGUCAACCUGCUUCUGGGAAUUAGAGGCUACAGCGAGCCACUCGUGGAGGCUGCCAAACCGCUCGUCCGGUGGCUCACCACAAUGGCCGACGCCUACUGUAACUACGUGGCGGCUACCGUCUGCUUCGAUAUUGUGCACGAAGAUCUCUCGGGCGAUGACGAGUGCGCCAUUGAUGAAGGCUGACCUGUGUCGUCUGUACAACGGGACAAACCGUUGCUCUACAAUUGUUGCAGUUUUUGCAUAAUCCUAAUCUGCUAUGCGUAUGUCUUAAGCUGUGUACAUAAGGAUUGAGCGUGUUUUAUUUUUAUUUGACCUUUUCUCUUUGCGUUCAAGCUCACUAUUGGAAUCGUGUAUUUUCUUGUAUUUCUAUAUAUAUAUAUUACUUCAUUGUUCGGUUAGUUCUGCUAUUAAUCAUGCUUCAGACAUUUGCUAUGCG